AUGGGCAAAGUAGUUGCCGCCGUAGGGCUCUCCCACGCCCCAGGAGCCAUUGGCUUCCCGGAAACGGCACCGCCCGCCGCGCGCGCGCGCACCGAAGCGGCCACACGCGCGCUCGGGCAGACGCUCGUGGACGCGGCGCCCGACGUCAUCAUCGCCUUCCUGGACGACCACUUCGAAAACUUCUUCCGCACCAACAUGCCCAGCAUCGCCGUGGGCGUGGCGGCGACGCACAGCGGGCCGGCGGACCAGCUGCGCGAGGCGCUGCGCAUCCCCGAACGGCACGUCUACGCGGGCAACCCGGGCGUGGCCGAGCACCUGCUCCGGUCGCUGGUGCACGACGGCGGCUUCGACGCGGCGCGGGUGGGGUCCUGCGAGUUUGGGCAGAACCUGCUGAUGCCGUGGGUGCUGAUGCGGCUCGAGGGAAGGCUGCCGCCCGAUGUGAGCGUCGUGCCGGUGUACGUCAACGUCUUUACGCCGCCGCUGAUCCGGUACGGGCGGGCGUAUGCGCUGGGCGAGGCGGUGAGGCGGGCGGUUGAGGCGCUGCCGGAUGCGUGUCGGGUGGCGUUCAUGUGCACUGGGGGCUUGUCGCAUUGGCCGCCGUACUGGAACCCGGGCCAGGCGGGGGAAGAGCCGGAAGAUGCUUUUCUGGCGAAGAUGAAGGAGUACCAGACGUUUGGGCCGAGCGUGCUGCAGCGGUACCCGAGGCUGUUUGUCGAGUUGGACGAGUACGAGAUGGAGAUGGCGAGGAAGAACGAGUAUCCGCUGAACGCGAAGCAUCCGCUCAUCAACGAGGACUGGGACAGGAAGUUCCUGCAACGCUACUGUGAGGGUGAUAGCGAGUGGCUGCGCAACCUCAGCUAUGAGGAAGUCGAGGAGGAGGCCGGCCACGGUGGCCAUGAGGUCCUGAACUACGUGGCCAUGUCCGGAGCCAUGGGUGGGAAGAGAGCACGGCUGCUGCUGUACGAGCCUGUUCUCGAGUGGAUCUGUGGCAUGGCUUACGUAGACUUUGAAGUGGGCAAGGGAGAAUAA